ACUGGGUUGUAUAUUGGCCUGUGCUAUGCGCGCCAGUUUUCUCACAAACAUGGCCGCCAGAAGCUGCCCGGAUAGUCUCGAAUAUUACAUCACAUUUCCAAAUCCGAAUUUUAAUUAUCAGCAAAACAAUGGCGAAUCUGAUUUCGUUUUUGUGGUCAACGAGAAAAAAUUGCCAGUGAUUUUGUUGUUCGGCUGGGCAGGGUGCAAGGAUAAAUAUUUGGCCAAGUAUUCGCAAAUUUAUGAGGAAAAAGGACUUAUAACUUUAAGAUAUACCGCACCAGUAAAAUGGCUAUUUAUGAGAAAAAAACCAAUGAGCGCGAUUGGAGAGAAACUGGUAAAAUUGCUUUUUGAAUUAAACUUUGAAAAUCAUCCAAUAUUCGUGCAUUGUUUUUCCAAUGGUGGCGCUUUUGUUUAUCAAAAUUUCUCUUAUGCUUUGGAUCUUCAGGAAAAACCUUUGGAGUUGAAAGGUGUAAUUUUUGACUCGGCACCUGGAAAAAGACGAGUUACAACAUUAUUCAGAGCUUUGACUGCCAUUUUAGAGGGAAAUAUAAUAUACAGCAUUUCAAUGUCAUUAAUUUUAACUACGUUCCUAUCUGUUAUGUGGUUUUAUGAAGUUAUUAGUAUUCAAUUUUUCCCAAAAGAAAGCGUCCAUUCAAAUAAUCCGUUUGAAUUUUUGAAAGGAGAGAAGGUCAGGUGUCCGCAGUUAUUCAUUUAUUCUGAAAAUGAUGAUUUGAUACCUCACACCGAUGUUGAAUCUUUUGCCAAUCACCGUCAAGAUCUUGGUGCAAAAGUGACAAGAAUUUGUUAUCAAAAUAGCCUUCACGUCAAACAUUUACCAGAAAACAGGAAGAGCUACGUGUCCAGCGUUUUUCAAUUCAUUAACAAAUGUCUUAAUGGUGUUAACUUAGCUAAAUAGAGAUAGGUAGGUAUGUACCUACUUGUAGUUAUUUUUAAACUUGAUUAAUUGGAUAUGGCCGAACAAUGAACUACUUACCUAUCUUUAUUUUUAUUUUGUUUGCUUUUGUGACACAUUUUUAGCACAAGAAAUAACGUACAUUGAAAUAAAACGGAUAGAUUCCUAAUAUUUUUCUUAUGGCACAAGGUAAUUAAGUUUUUAUAGUUUUUGUAAAUUGGAAUUUAAGAUGUUUACGUCAUUAUUGUUGUUUUUAUGCAUAAUUAUUAUUAGAAAAUAUUUAAUUAAAAGUAUUUUUCAUUCCACUUGUCUUUUUAAUUCCACACUAAUCACACUAUAAAAAAAUAUCUUUAUUAAGUAUCUGUGUAUGCUACAUAUCCUAAAAUAUUGAAUCCCAAAAAUAUUAUCAUGCUGACAAAGAUGAAACUUUAAAAUUAACAUAUAAGAAUACCUCAAUAAUAGUGAGAAGUGAAAAUAAGUCAAAUAAGUGAACAAAAUAAUUAUACCUACUCUAACAAAUUAAAAUUAAAAAUAAAUAGAACUUAUUCUAAAAGUACAUUUAUUAGGUUUAGUGUUAUUAUGAUUUUUUAGAAAAAUACUGUCUCAGUUCUUAUUGUCAAACAGCCAAAUUUUGGAAUAAUAAAGUUAUUCAAGAUUGAAACUAAUCACAAUAAUAAUAAUUAUUGAUUUUACUCAAAAUAUAGGGUGUCUUGAGCAAACAAUAUACACCAAAUAAAUAUAUCAAGCAUUAUCAAUUAAUUUUUCGUUUUGUUUAUUAUUGGAUUUGACAAUAUCAUUCCUCGGUGGUAUUUUCUUCUUAGUAGGUACUUGACUCCUAUUUCUCUUGACAGACAAUAAAUAAAUAGCACUGCUGUUGGUGAAAUAAUCAGUAAUUUCCGAUAGUUUUUUACCAUGGGUUUCUGGUAAGAAUAUAAAUGUGUAAACAGAGGCUAGAAUGGAAAUGACUGCAAAAAACCUAGAACCAAAACCCAAAAAAUCAUUAUACAAAAACAUUAAAACAAUAUUUUCUUACCAUUGUAUGCCAACAAUUCCUCCGAAUAAAUCUUCUAAAGUAUAAUACAAUUGAACCGAUGCAAACAUAAUUAAAUUAGCAACGCUGUAGGCUAUAGAAUGAGCAACACCACGAAUUUCUAUUGGGAACAAUUCAGCUGUCAUCGUCCAAGGAAUUGGUAAUAAUCCUAUCAUAGAAGUGAUUACGUAUAAAAGAAGAAGUGUUGUUGGUACCCAGUUUUGUGUUGAAGUAC